AUGGAUACCAGAUCGGCACCCUUCCGAAAUGAACAUUUCACCCCAACUCCCAAACCAAGGGAUUUGGAAAUCAAUAGGCUUCCUCCUAGACCACCUCCAAGGAGAUAUCCAUCUCCACCAAUUCCAGCCCCAAGGAAUUUUCCACAGAUGCCAUCAUUUGGCAGGCAACACUUUCAAGCCAAUCCUUUCACCCAAACCAGACCUCAGUACCAGCCUAAUCCAUUCCAGGCACCCCCACGGCCUUGGGCUGCGAAACCAUUACCGAAACCCGAGCCGAUGGAUAUUGACCAGAGUAUGAGAACACACAAUGUGGACUAUGGUAACAGGCCACCAAUGAAUCUUAAAAGACCACCGCCGAUAUCGGGGCAAGCAUAUCCGUACCCAUUCAAAAAGCACGCUCAUCCUAUCGAUACCAUUUUUGAAGAUCGAACAGAAGAUCUCUAUAAUUACGAAUAUGAUUAUUACGACGAUUCAUAUCCAUAUUAUGAUAUGCAAUCACCGGCAGAACCGGAACCUAAAUUAGAUACGCAAGAGCAAGAACCGCAGCAAGAUGAGGCUACAGCCACCCAUUUUUUAGAAUGGAGCUCAAUAGAUACAGGAGCAAACAUUAACUUAAUCAAUCCAAAACUUGCCUGGGCCUACAAGGACAGCAGGCCGUAUGAUUUCAAUGCCGAAGGCAUCACUAGUGCUAACGCUCAUCUUACUGAAGAGGAGCAGAAUCAACUAAGAGUUGUCCUCGACAGCUCAAAAGAAGUUUUUCAUGAAACAAAUGCAAAAUUAACAUGCUCAACAAACGUUGAGUGCACAAUCAAUACCACCGAUGAUAUUCCAGUUCAUCAGAAGGUAUAUCCUUACCCUGCUGCCUAUGCAGACGAGGUAAAAAAGCAAAUCAGCAAACUCCUGGAAGAUGGUAUUAUUCGACCAUCUCGUUCAGCGUGGACGGCACCAGUAUGGGUUGUACCAAAGAAACCCGAUGCCUCAGGAGAGAAAAAAUUCCGAAUGGUGAUAGACUAUCGGAAGGUGAACGAGAAGACAAUUCCCGAUAAAUAUCCAAUGCCCGAGAUUGGGUAUGUUUUAGAUCAGCUAAAGGGUCAAAAAUACUUCACCACCCUUGAUUUAGCGUCUGGAUUUCACCAGAUUAAAAUGAGGGAGAAAGAUAUCGAGAAAACGGCUUUCGCCAUCAACAACGGGAAAUAUGAGUUCACUCGAAUGCCGUUCGGCUUGAAGAAUGCUCCUGCGAUCUUCCAGCGGGCAAUUGACGACGUGCUAAGAGAUCACAUAGGGAAAAUAUGCUAUGUGUACAUCGAUGACGUCAUCGUGUUUGGAAAGACCCUAAACGAACAUUUGAAAAAUCUUAAAAUAAUUCUAGAAACACUAAAUAAUGCAAAUCUCAAGAUUCAGUUGGACAAAUGCGAGUUUUUGCAUUCUGAAAUAGAAUUUUUAGCAUUUGUUAUCGGUGCUGAAGGUUUCAGACUACUACUGCUAUUAUGUAUUCAACCAGACCAACUUCAAUCGACACAAGAUGUGACACUCGACUUACGGGACGUAGGACGUCAACCAGUCAUGAUCUUCGAUCAAGGCGAGGCACGGAUCAAACUUGACCACACAUAUUACAUUCAUCACUUCAAUCUAACGACUAUUAGAAUGCAAGUAAAAAGCCUUAGAGAUCAGUUUGAAAACUUUAGCAGAAAUCAAUUUUCCGACUUAAUAAUAGAAAAAUUUAACGAAAUAGAUUUUGCAUUAAAAAGCAUAGACCCUAUCAGACGUCAUAAACGUUGGGAUAGCUUAGGCACAGUUUGGAAAUUUAUAGCUGGCAGUCCAGAUGCCAAUGAUUUGAGAAUCAUCAAUUCUACCAUAAAUAAUUUAAUUAUGAACAAUAAUGAGCAGAUCAGGAUUAACCGUGAGAUAAACCUACAAUUGAAGGAAGCAAUGUUUGAAACGAAAAAGGCAAUCAAUCUGUUUAACACAAGAUCAGCCGAAACUUAUUCCACUAAGAUUUUAUUUCAUUUAAACUACUUAUCAAAGAAAUUGAACCAGAUAAUUGAUACAAUCUUGUUAGCUAAAUUAGGAAUAGUAAACGAAAAAAUUCUGAGCCAACGUGAAAUUGAUAUUUUAAUCAAUGAUUUAGCUAGGGAAAAUAUAACGGUUCAUACUGCUCUGGAAGCAAUGAAUUAUGCGACGACAUCAGUGGCAACGAACAGUUUGGAAAUUGCACUCAUAAUAAAAAUGCCAAAACUCGACCCGAGAAUAUUCAACAAAAUACGUCUAUACCCAAUCAUUCACAAAAAUAAGCAAAUUCAUAUAGAUCAUCGAUUUUAUCUAACUCACAAAGACGAGAUUUACUCCAUAAACUCAGUCGAACCUACUAUAUUCGACGCAAACGAAAUCAAUUUGGACAAUUCAACCUGCAUACCGAUAUUGAAAGGAGAACAGGCAACUUGUAAUUUUACCACCAACCCAGUUGAAGGAGAAGUUAUUUUUCUAGACAACCAACACUUGUUCAUAAACACUAUGAAAAAUUUCACCCUUUCAUCAAAUUGUGGCCUAACAAACAGAAACCUGACCGGAGCAUUCAUCGUUUUCUUCAGAAAUUGUCAGUUAUACAUCAAUAAUGUUUUAUAUAGCUCAAGAGUGAAAACCUUACCGGGAAACCCAAUACAACUACCCCUAGACGGAAUCGAUGUGAAUAUGCAUCGAGAGAUUCUAAACAUCAGCCUGGACCAUUUACAUAAACUCCAUCUGGAAACGAGGAAGGAGCUGGAUGUUAUCCGGCUAUCAACGAACAGUAUAAAGUGGCCAACAUUAUCCAUUUUCGGGGGAAUUAUGUCCCUACCUAGCUUAAUCGCCAGGACCACAACAGUCGAAGAUCCAGUACCAGACAUCCAACCUAACAUUAGACGUUUGACAAUCAGAGAAGUGAUUCGUACGGAACCUCAUCUCUCAGGAAGGACGAGUUAACGAUGAAGCCACGCGACUCAGGUGCUGACGUCGAAGUUCCUCGAGACAACCGGCAAACAUCGCAAUCGCCAAGCUAGGCAUUUUUGUUAGACGACGACAACGUGCGACCCAAUCGAUGGCAACGUGUGACCGGAUGGAUGGCACCACCGCGAGGAUUGCAGAGUUAGCAGUAUUGAACUGUAGUUAGGGCUAAUUAAUUGAAAUAAAUUCAUUCGAGGUGGAACGGUAGAGUAGUGUAGUUGUAUUUUUUAAAAAGAGUAUCACAAACUCUUAUUCUUAACUCGCAUUAGCGCGUUCGAGUUUGCACACGAAUUGUGGGU